AUGGUUGCGAUCAGCAAGGAGAGCAAUGGGUCUGUCAGCAUACCUGUGAUUGACAUGUCCGCUGGAGAAGAAAACGUUUCGGAGUUGAUGGUGAGGGCGUGUGAGAGAUUUGGCUUCUUCAAGGUGGUCAACCAUGGCGUCUCGUGCAUGAAGAGAAUGGAGAGCGAGGCACUCAGUUUCUUUGAGUUGCCACCUUACGAGAAGCAGAGAGCAGGUCCUCCUGACCCUCUUGGCUACGGCUGCGGAAAGAUAGGGUUCAACGGCGACGCCGGAGAGCUGGAGUACCUGCUUCUCCCCGCAAACCCGCAGUCUGUCGAUCAAAGAUCGAGGCAGAUUUGCAGGAGAAACCCUUCGCAGUUCAGCCGUGUUGUGAAUGGGUACAUUAAAGAAUUGCGAGAACUGGCGUGUAAGAUACUGGAGUCGUUGGCUCAGGGGCUUGGCCUCAAAGAGCGGGACGUGCUGAGCAGAUUUCUGAGGGAUGAAGGGAAUGACUCUGUUUUCAGGCUCAACCGCUACCCAGUAUGCCAAGAGGAGGCUCAUCUGCCGGCGGCGUCGCAGAGUAAGGUGGGGUUCGGAGAGCAUUCCGACCCUCAGAUACUCUCGCUGUUGACGUCCAACAACGAACCCGGGCUGCAGAUUUGUCUGAGAGAUGGCCGCUGGCUUCCCGUUUCUGCCGACCCCAGUUCCUUCUUCGUUCUCGUGGGCGACUGUCUCCAGGUGUUGACGAAUGGAAGGUUUGAAAGCGUGAGGCACAGGGUGAUGAGCAGCUCCAAGUCAAGAAUGUCCAUGGUGUAUUUUGGUGCACCCAGCUUGCACUCACGGAUCUUCCCCCUCCCACCGCUGGUGACCCAGUCUAACUGCAAAUACAGGUCCUUCACAUGGUCCGAGUACAAGAAGACUUGCUACUCCCUCAGGUUGGGGCAGAGUCGCCUUGGCAUCUAUGAAACUAAUUAAUCAUGAUCUCAGUAUAUGAAGGCACGUCUGCAUGUUGGUACGCGCUCGAACUAGUUAAUGGCGGCCUUGUGGUGAUGCAGGAACUUCAUAGAGAUGUUGUAGUUGAUGAUCAGUUUGCUUUCUCGAUACAAGAGUCAUAGGAAUGUC